AUGAGUCGUGAUACGCAUACCUUAAUAAUAACAAUAAUAGAGCCCCCCAUACCGAUAACAAUCGUUACCAACCUUAGAAAUAAUAACACUAAUAAUAAUAGAAAUAAUUUUCCCAAACAAAGUUGUUCAAACUUAAAUAGCUUUCGUAGUACUUUUAACAAUAGAAGCAAUAACUCCCAACAAUUACCUUUUAGACAUAAUAGUAACACGAACUUUCGGAGAGAUAAUAACUUUAUAAACAGAAAUUUCUAUAAUACAAGUCACAAUUCAACCAACACAAAUACUAACCAAAAUUCAAAUUUUUUCCGUAAUAAUAAUAAUAAAUAUACGAAUUUUACAAACCGAAAUCCCUUUAAUACCAAUAAUAGUAGUAGCAGCAAUCAGGAUUUCAAUCAAGUUAGUUGGCAGCAAACCCAAAAUAAAAGACCCUAUAACCCUAAUCAAAACGAUUCUCAAGUCGAACCUAUGGACAUUAAUAAUCAGCAAGCUUUGGAUAUUGGAAAUUUUCGGGAGAUGGGAUUAACCAAACUCCCCUACAUAAAAGUUCAUAAUUACAAAUUUCUGAUAGACAGCGAAUUUAAAAUAAAAUCUAGCAAAAAAUUUAACUUUUCCGUACAUAAUUUUCAUGAGACAUAUCAUGGAUUAAUUGGCAACGACAUUUUAACAGAAUACAGUUCCCUUAUAGAUUAUAAAAAUAAAACCCUUACUAUGAGUGAAGUUCCCAUAAGACUUUACUUCAAUCAUCAACCAGAAAAUACAAUUUAUCAGAUAGAUCCCGGCGAAUAUUAUUAUAGAAUUCCCGUUAGAGAAUAUAAUGACAGUAUCCCUAUAAAAACUAAAAUAAACCGAUAUCCCUAUAUUCAUAAAGCAGAAAUUCAAAAGCAAAUUGAAGAAAUGCUUGGAAAUAAAAUAAUCCAACCAAGCCCGAGUCCUCACAACAGUCCAGUAUGGGUCGUUUCGAAAAAGUUGGACGCCUCUGGAAAUAGAAAAUACCGUAUAGCUUACGUAUUCGGAAGAAAAAUUAAACUAUUUACGGACCACAAACCUCUAGUAUGGCUCAAUAGUUUAGAGGAGCCGAAUAGUAAGUUGAUCCGUUGGAAAUUACAAAUACAGGAAUAUGAUUAUGAGAUAGAAUAUAAGAAAGGUCAAGCAAAUAAAGUCGCGGAUUUUUUAAGUAGAAUGGACAUAAAUUUUAAUGAAAAUGACGAAGAGACACAAAAUAACACUACAGAAAGUGGAGAUACAUUUCAAAAAAUAAUAAGUACUGCAACAGCCCUCAAUUUAUACAAAAACCAAAUUAUCAUAAAACAAAUUGGUUCCGGAUCAUUAAGCAUAUAUACCCGAAAAAUACACAAUAGUAAAUGCAACACUAUAUUACCAAAAGAUAUAGACGAACACGAAAAAGAAUUAGAAACCGUCAUACAGAAUAAACAUUUAGAAAAUAACCAUAGAGGAAUUAACAAAGUUUACGAGGAAAUAAAGGAAGAACAACUUAUUUUAAUUAACGAUUACUAUAAUAAUACUAUACACUCCUCGGCUAACAAAAAACCAAUUGACCUCAUUCAAGGAAAAGUAAAGGAAGACGAAUACGAACAAAUCUAUAAUAAAAUCCUUAAAAAGAAAACUUUAGUUCUUGUUAAAUUGAACAAGGACAGAAUGGACUUACCAUUAGAACCAGACAUUACUUUACUGAAAAACCAUAUUGACGACAUUGAACAGACAAUUUUAACCAGUAGGUUAGGCAUACUCACAAAAAAUAUAUUAACUGACAAUGAAUUUGAAGAAAUCCCAGACCUAAAUACCCUAGCAAAUAUUAAAAUUAGCAUUGUUGCAUUUGGAAAAGAAUUAGUCAUAGAAAUUUUAAUUGAUGAUAAUAAGAUUGUAUAUUAUUCAAAUGUAUUAGGAAACUUAAAAAGAAAUUUAAAGGAAAUGAAUGAUUCAUAUACUAUAAUUUCACCAAAUUCAAAUAUUGUAAUUAAAGAAAAUAUAAAUACUGAAUCGGAGUUAACUUUUGAUAAAUUGCAUUUAGAAAAUAUGAAGAAUAAUAGAGAAAACAUUAAAGAAAUUAUGUAUGUUAGUACCGUUGAAAAACUUAUAAAUUAUCCUGUAAAAUUGGAAAGCAUUAAAAUAACUCCUUUGGAGCCUUCGUCAAAGGGUGGGGGAGUUGCGAUACAAGAUGGAGAUGGAGCAUUAGUCAAUGAUAAAAGGGGACUUCACGUCAGAAUUUUAAAAGAUGAUGUUAACAAAAACCAGGAAGCAAUAGUCAAACACAUCAAAUCAUUUCCUGUUGUUGAAUCGGAUUACUUGAGAAAAUCAGUUACAAAAACCUAUAUAUCAAUAUACUUAAAUAUAGGAGACUUAAAUAUAGCAAAAAUGUAUCGCCUUUUCAAGACUUCGUUUGAAGAAAAUAAUCAGGAAUGCAAAAUAACUGAAAGAAAAUACCGCGAUAUAUUUAACAUUCAAUUUAACAUAGGUUUUUUUAGACCGAAAAAGGACCAGUGA